CAAGAUACAUCCCCUGGGAAGGCUGCGCGGGCGAAUCUGUAAAUACGACGCCCCCCCGAUUCCACACCACUCAACCCGAUUCCCCCCCAUUAGACUCUCUUUUUACUCGAUACCCGUUAGACUAGUAUCUUCCGCUCAUUUCCCGGCCCGUCUGGGCUCGUACAUUCGCAACCAUGUCUUCCCACACGUCUGCUGCUCUGAAGAAGCAGCAGAUCACAUUGGCACAAUUGGCGUCCUACGACGACAUAUUGACUGAUGCGCUGGUCGAUCAUGCCUACUACUGGACUACCAUCCCGAAGAACCGCCCUUCCUACCACCCAUCCCGAGGCGUUAAGGAAGAGGAGAUCACCAAGAUCAUUCAAGCUCACCUAAUCGUCGACCCGGAUCUCGACACGGCCGAGUCGAAGCUGCUCGCGACGGACGGGUUACGCAAGUUCUACCAGGCGCUGAAGACACCCAAGGAGAAGGACAACUUCCGCGCCCAUCUGCGACGGUACAUGCAGAUGUACCUUCCCGAAUGCCCCUUCGAAGUUAGCUCGACGAAUCGCUACACGAUCGUCACCCACGAGGCCGCUGUGACCGCGCGCAGGUUCAUUCGCAAGGGCCAGCCGAUCAAGUACCUGUCGGGUAUCCAAGUGUUGAUCACGGAGAAGGAGGAGAAGGAACUUUCUAAGAGAAAGAAGGACUUCAGCAUUGUCGUCAGCGCGAGGAACAAGUGCGCUAGUCUAUUCAUGGGACCGGCGCGAUUCGCCAACCACGAUUGCGAUGCUAACGCGCGCUUAAUGAUCACCGGCCAAGCCGGAAUCGAGAUUAUCGCUGCGCGGGACAUCGAGACGGGCGACGAGAUUACGGUUACAUAUUCAGAAAAUUACUUUGGCACGGACAAUUGUGAGUGCUUGUGCAAGACUUGCGAGGACAACCUGGUCAAUGGGUGGGCGCCGGCCGACGGUAUUGUUGCCGUGAAGAAGAGCAUCGAAGCGACAAUCGCCGAGGGAUACUCUCUUCGCCGCAGGAGACGCGACGAUAGCUGCGCCUCGGCGUCUCGAACGCCUUCGGUCACCCCCGAUAUCCGACCUCGAAUCCUGAAGACUCGAUCCAAGAAAGUAGACUCGGAACAGAGAUCUGUCGUGGGAUCUCCGGCACCUCAGGACCUCUUGGGCCGAAAGAGGAAGCGCGAUAUCCAACCUCUGCACUCGCCACCGGUUACCCCGGUGAAAAAGCCCAAGACGCUUCAUUGCGAAGUUGAGGCUCUCUCUGUCCCUCCCAGCCUAUCUGCGAGCAGCGCCGAUGAUUUGGCUAGUAUGCACUCUUCGGAGCGUGGGAGCGUAGAAUUAGGUCUGACGGACGUGACGACUCCCGAAGAAGAUGUGAAGGAGGUGCCUCUUCUGCACUCGCCGAGCCCGACGCCUGCGAAAUCGGUAGGACUAUCGGGAACGCCUCUCAAACGGGAGGACUCGGAUACGUCUUCGAUUUCGGAGGUCACGUAUACCCCUUCUAGCCCCAGCGCGCACGAGCCGAUCGCGGUGGUGUCAUUUCCGCCGGACGAGCCUAUGCCCCAAGCCGACGACGAGGCCGCUGUACCAACCGUUGCGCAUCUGCAUGAACUAGCCCCCUCGGACACCAUAUCUCUUCCUGCGCCGAUCAUAUCCGACGUCCCCGUGGCUGACCCAGCUCCCACCAUUCCUUCUGCGAUCGAGGUCAGCGACCCCUCCCCCGUAGUCGAAGCAUCACAUCCCGGCCGAGGCCGUCCUCAUUCUCGAGAGAGGCUACCAACAGACGAAAUUCCUACAGUCGACCAUCUCAUUGAAGACGAUGAUGUCCCUCCCGCCCGCACGCGAACGCCAGGAGACUACACGCUUACACCCGUGCUACUUUCUGAGCCUACCAUGGCCUGGAUACAUUGCACGGUGUGUAGCGACCCAUUCGUGCAACCGAAUGCGUAUUACACACGAAGUUCGUGCCCACGAUGCGAGCGACACUCUAAGCUGUACGGUUACCAGUGGCCGAAAACAGAGAAGGAGGGCAAGCACGACAAAGAGGAGCGCAUCCUAGACCACCGCACGAUCCACCGAUUCUUGGCGGCAGAAGACGAAGCGAAAAUUCGCGGGCGAAAAGCUCUUCCGAGGACCAGCACGUCCACUCCCGGCCGGGAUAUUUCCGAGAAGAAGAUGAGGGGUCGGCUGCGAAGAGUACACUCGCGCGAUCCCGAUUCGGUAGACGGGUACGGGGAAGAGGAAUACGACGACGACGACGGGAAUGCCAGGCGCAGUACGCGAAGACGAAACCCGAGUCAGAGAGCGACACGGAGCUAGGGUGUGGGUGGUGGUGGUUGGUGAUGAUGAUUAGCAUAAGCUAUUGGUGGGGGGAGGGAGGGAUG